AGUUGAACAUUAAUUUCUGUUUUUGCUUGGGGCAAGAUAAAGAGAGGUGAAGAGAGCGUGAAGAGCUUAACACGUGAAACUGAACUACUACAGUUCCUCCUUCAUAACAGUCUGUUUCGUUCCUAUUAUGUUGGCACUACAAGAAGUAUUAUGGUUUAGUUUCCGCAAAAAGGCAAUUAAGAUAUCGCUACUGGACAAGCUAUUCACGCUUUCAAGCAAUCCCUUCAACUUUUCACCAAGUGCAUUCAUAAAUGCUCCUGUCGCCACCUGUCUUGCCGGUUUUGCUUGGGUCAUUCCCAUAUCAGCGAUACUGUCUCCAGGUAGCUUGGUAGUAGGACCAAUGGCUCAUACUUUCAUUGAUAGCAACUGCAGCGUACCGACUUUCGCUGCGGCUUCAUCGAACAUAAGCUUCUACCAGAUGGUACCGAACUCGGAUCCUCCCGCUAUUCAAGGGUCUAAUCCUGGUAUUCAAAAGCUAGCAAAUCAAAUAUUUGCUCAAGGAACAAUCUUGGAUCCUGGUUCUCCUUGUGGAGCUAAAAGUUCAUUCCAGCUCUCCUUUUUUGGUCCCGCUUUGCAAUGCACACAGACCACGAACCCCGAGUAUAUGCAUGAAUCAGCCGAUGGUUCGAACCUCUACUAUGCAGAAGACUUGACAAGAUUUGGUGAGGAUGAAAAUUCAUUCAUGGGAAUGGAUUUUACGUAUUACAAUCACACAAAAGAGAAUUAUUCAUGGAUUUACAUAGAUAUGCUCUGUUCCCCUUACAACACAACCUAUGAAAUUUCCGUCAAUUACACAAACGGUCUGCCAGACUUCUAUACAAAUCUAACAUAUAACACACCACUUUUGAACUUAAGCAGUACACAAUCGACGUACCCAGAAAAUUUCCCUUAGAGCUCAAAUUCCGCAACACUAGUCAGAGAAGUGCACGACAAUCAUCUCGACGGCACA